AUGCUAAAAGAACUAAGUGACAUCGUUGAAAAAGAUGCCGCCACGUUCGCUGAGAGUGUCCGAAAAGAUCUCAUCUAGAAGCGAUUUAAAGAAAUAACCGAACAACAGCGGGAAACACUUUCCGAAGCUGCAAAAUCAAUCCGAGAUUCUAUCACAACCGAUUUCACAAACAUGAUCAACAAUGCCGUCCCAGACAACGCCGUGGAGGACCAGCGAAAGUUCCAACUUCGUCUAGAGAUAUCCACGCUACUGGUAAAAUUGGAGGAGACUCUCCAAAAGGAGUUGAAGAAUCCAGAGGCUGAGCUCCAUACCGCCGCAAACUACUUUGUUAGAGAGGGUCUCAUUCCUGAGGAUGGUAGCGCUGACGAUGUCGGCGAUGAUGAAAGCGUGGUCUCAAACACGGAUAAAGAAGCCUCCGAAGUUCUCAGCUUUGAAAGCGAGGAUGACUCCGACGAUUCUGGCGGAUCUGACGAAUCUGACGAAUCUGACGAAUCUAACGAAUCUGACGACAAACCCGAUUCUCAAGAGAACUUAGAUGAAGCGUAUCAGGAGCGUGAGCUCUGUGGGGUGACGCAAGAGCCAAUUGGCGCUAGCGAAUCCGACGAGGUUGAUGCUAUGGAUAUUGACUCCUUGAUAGAAAAUCAAGCUCAGAUUGCUGAGCAAGCGAAGGCAAAAGACACGGAGAUGAGCGAACAACCACUCUUUGUUAGCCCUUACCGAAAGCCUGAAUCUGAACCUGAGCAGCUCUAG